AUCCAUGUUUUAACAAAAGAGGUUAGACAAAAAUCAGUUUUCCGAAACUGGACUCAAAACAAAAUUAUAUUAUUAGAACAUAAGCCAUAAUUCCUGGUAAAUAUAAUCUAUUAUAUCUGAAGAGCGUUUAUACGUUUAUCAUAAACUGUGUAAGUUCAACAAGAGGGUGGGAUCAAGCCUGACUGUGUAUAAAAGCCCGCGCGCUGUCUUCCACGGCAUAACGCUAUACAGCCUCCGUCAACCGCCCCAGCACUACCGCCCAACGUACAACAGGUGCAAUGAUGGCAUUCAGAGGUCCACUGGCAUUAGCCGUGGCCACCCUUCUGGUCCUCUGCAACGCCGACCCUCGUCAGGAACAAGACGUUAGAGUGGGCGAGCAAUCUGGAGACCGCUACGGUUUGAAUGGUCAUAAGAUACGAAAUUUGGAUCCUCUGGGAGGUGGCCAUUUAGUCCGCGAGCUCCGCGAAUCUCAUCGCUUCCCAUAUUACCUGGCAAGGAAAUACGAAUACGGCAGGUCCAUUGGCGGCAAGCGUGAUCCGUGGUUGUUUACUUCUCCGAUGGAGUACGGAUAUUACGGAGAUGUACCAAAGCGUAAUUUCGAUGAGAUCGACCGAUCCAACUUGGACAGCUUUGUGAAGAAACGCAAUUUCGACGAAAUCGACCAGACAUCGAUGCCCUUCCCCUUCAAGCGUUUCUAUCAUGUCUACGGUUCUAACUAUUUGGAUACUGCUUUGUCCAACUUUGAUAAGAAGAGGUACAGACCCGACUACCCCAUGGAUGAGAUCGACCUCUCCCAAUUUCCCAUCGGCUCGAAGCGUUCCGAAAUCUCCGCGAUUCACCCCAUGCGAUAAUCCCUCAGACAUCAAACUUAAGCGAGCAAUUAUUAAUUUUUCAAAGGCCAUGUCCCUUAGUCAUAAUACCGCCCAUCCUCGUAGUAAAAAUCAGUUUAAGAUCAAUCCAUGACCCUAUUUAGAAUAUUCGAUCUAAUAAUUUGGGCUUCAAUUAUAAAAAAAAAAACUUUAAUACUAAAAGUAUUAUAUAAAAUAUCAGUAUUAUUAUUUUUAAUAGAUAUUAUUAGCUAAGAGAUGCUUAUAUUUUGAAAUGUUUCGCAGUUCUAUGUCAGAGUUAUUUAUGAGUAGAUACGUAAAUUAUUUUUCUCGAGAUGUUUUAUAAUUUGUAUGAUAUAUUGUAAAACGAUUAUAUGAUUCG